AGCGGUGAGAGAGCGGCGCUGCGCUUCAGGCGCUGCGGGCACCGCGCGUGGCAGCGAGCGCUGUGACAGCCGGCCCGGCGUCCGGCUCCGCGCCGCUCCGCGCCGAGGAGGCCGAUCCUGCGGCUGAGUGACGGCAGCGGCACUUCCUGCGGCGGCGGGGCCGGAGCCUUUGUGUCUGUGUGCGCGUCCGUCCGUGUGUGCGUGAGGGAGGGAGAGCAGCGGGCCGGGCAGCCGGGAGCCCCGCGGUCCCGGCGCGGGCAGCGAGGGGAGAAGGAGGCGGUUGCGCUGCGGAAGCCGGCGGAGGAGCGCCUUCAUCCGUGAGGGCGGCAGAAAGUACCGCCGCUCCGCCGGAUCAGCAGCCCAGGUCUGUUUACUGUUUACAAGCCUGAAGAUGGCUGCUGCUUCUUCCUGCAGCGUGGAAGAAGAUGAGAGCCUGAAGGGAUGUGAGCUCUAUGUUCAGAAGCACAACAUCCAGCAGAUUUUAAAGGAGUGCAUUGUCAAUCUCUGCAUAGCAAAACCAGACCGACCCAUGAAGUUCCUCAGAGAACACUUUGAAAAAUUAGAAAAGGAAGAAUGCAAACAGAUACUGGCUCGGCAGAAGUCCAGUUCCCAGUCUGAUUCCCAUGACGAUGAGAUUUCUCCUCCUCCUCCCAACCCAGUAGUAAAAGCCCGACGCAGGAGAGGAGGGGUCAGUGCAGAGGUGUACACAGAAGAAGAUGCUGUUUCUUAUGUUAGAAAGGUUAUUCCGAAGGACUAUAAAACUAUGACCGCUCUGGCAAAGGCCAUCUCCAAGAAUGUGCUCUUUGCUCAUCUCGAUGACAAUGAACGAAGUGACAUAUUUGAUGCCAUGUUUCCUGUUACACACAUUGCAGGAGAAACGGUCAUACAGCAAGGUGAUGAAGGAGACAACUUCUAUGUGAUUGAUCAAGGCGAGGUGGAUGUUUAUGUCAAUGGAGAGUGGGUCACCAGCAUCGGAGAAGGAGGCAGCUUUGGGGAGCUGGCACUGAUCUACGGAACACCCAGGGCUGCCACAGUCAAGGCCAAGACAGAUCUCAAGCUCUGGGGCAUUGACAGAGACAGCUACAGGCGCAUUUUAAUGGGCAGCACGCUGAGAAAGCGGAAGAUGUAUGAAGAAUUCCUGAGCAAGGUCUCCAUUUUGGAGUCCCUGGAUAAAUGGGAGCGGCUGACAGUGGCUGAUGCGCUGGAACCUGUCCAGUUUGAAGAUGGAGAAAAAAUUGUUGUGCAGGGAGAGCCCGGUGAUGACUUUUUCAUUAUUACAGAGGGCACAGCCUCUGUUCUGCAGCGCAGGUCUGAUAACGAGGAGUACGUCGAGGUUGGAAGGCUUGGUCCAUCCGAUUAUUUUGGCGAGAUAGCACUGCUGCUCAACCGGCCCCGGGCUGCGACGGUGGUGGCACGCGGACCCCUGAAGUGUGUGAAGCUCGACCGGCCCCGCUUCGAACGAGUGCUCGGCCCCUGCUCCGAGAUCCUCAAGAGAAACAUUCAGAGAUACAACAGCUUCAUCUCUCUCACUGUCUAAAUGAUUCCCUUUGGAAAGCUGCCUUCGUGUGACCUCGUGCACUUACAUUAGCUCUGUGCAGCUCCAUGGCUUUAUCAAGAAAAAAUAAAAGGUGUGCAUUUCGUGUGUAUUUUUUCUGUUAUGUCACGCACUGGAUGUCAGUUCAAAUCUUACGUAUCAUUUAAGAAAGAAGACAACUGUUUGGAUAAGACUGGCUUUGGGAAAGUGCUCAGGGAAGAGCAGGCUUUUGGCUUGCAGGCAGGAUUUUUACCUGUUGUUGGAUCGUACAGAUAAAACUGUGUUUUUAACUAUUUAAACUGCAGAUGAAUGUCUCUUUCCCUCAUUAUCUUACACCUAUUCUUAAAGUCAGUCUCACUCACCUUUUAUCAAGCUUCUUUGAUAAAGUGAUGUCCUCUGCCUGUCUCUCCUACCAGACUCCUCACUGGUUAGGGACUGGAGGUAUCCAAAAUCCAUGUGGUCAGUAGCAGUUUUGCAAUUAAAGAGGGACGAUUAGAGAAAGAUUUUGAUCAUUCCAGUAAGCUGAGGAAAAGUAGAACUUUUGAGUCACUUUGUGGUUUAGAACCAGGGGCCAUUACUCCUCUGUGUUACCAGCCUUUGGGGUCUGCUUUGUAGCCCUGAGGAGAUGCUGAGGCAAACAGACUGCUCUGGGCCUGUGGGUGAGGAGUCCAAGAGGCAGCAUUUUGUCAGAUGUUGGAUGGAGCCUUUAGGAGCGAUGUUAUCUGACGUCUCCCUUUCCUACAUGAGGGUUCACAUCGAAUUCCUUAAAAGUCAUGAGAACUUCACUGAACUAAGUGUGCACUGAAACGCAUUUAUCUGCACCAGAGUGUCCUCAGCUGCUUCUCUGAGUAGUAUAUGGAAUGUUCAGGAGAUGGUGGUAGGCGUAAAGCAGCAGUUUGAUAGGACUCUUUUACAUGAAAUCCAUUUAUUUCAAUUCAGAUGCCUUUUUCUUAGUGUGCGACCAGCCAAAUAUGUGCUCCAAAAUGCUGCCUCCUGCAGAAGAGCUGCAUGGCAGAACAAAAGGCACCAGGACUUGCAGCAAGCUCUGUGUGCCCGCAGCCUUGCUGGCAGCUCUUGCUGCCCUGCACAGAUGUGGGUAUCGAGCAGAGCUUCUGCAGAGCCAGACCUUGCUCUGCUGUGCAGCCCUCCAGGUCGGGAUCGUCCAAAUUAUUCUCUGGGGAAGCUUUUCCUUUGAAGGAGAAGUCUUCUGCGCUAACUGCCCCAAAUCUCUGCAUCUCCACUACCCUAAACAGCACUGCCCACCUUUUCGUUACCCACGCUGACGUGUAAUUUGGAGUUAACAAAGCUCACCUGGCGCUUUCCUGCUGCCUUCCAGCAGAAGGCUCUCCUGCCAGUGCCCAGUGCUGCCCUGCGGUGGGAAAGAGCUCCCGCACUGCGGUCAGAGUCCUCUCAUCACUCCAAGGUGCUUAAUUUAUUUCAGCGUAUUUCCAGCAGUCCUGUCAGCGUAUCUUAGUUGCUACUAUUUAUUAUGAUUGCGUUAUGCUUCUUGCACGUGUUAUUGGAUACGACCAUUCACGUUUCUCAGCCUUGCAGUUUUAUGACAUACAUUUACACGGGCAGAUGCCCGUUAUAUAUAUCAAUAAAUGUGUAUGCGUUUGCAGAACUUCCAGUUUCCUUCCCUGUUUUUGUAUUCUCCUGUGCUGCUUUUAAGACAUGUUUUUAAAGGUCACUCGUGUACGUUAUUUAACCUAUCGCAGUUCUGUUGUAUUCGUAAAAAAAUUGUGAGUGUUUUGCAUAAUAUGCAGGAUACGUUCAUUGUUCCUCACCAGAUUGUCAGCCUCACUGCUUAGAAGUUACUUGAGCACACACACAGAUCAGAUUCUUUGCUUUAAACCUUCCCAGAUCGUGAAGAUACACCUGAAUGACAACAUAAGCAAAUUCAAGAGAAGUGUGAUCGUUCAACGCCAGCCUUCCUAUGCUUUAAGUGGAACAAAAUGAUCUUCUAUGACAUUUUAAAGAUAACUGUAAUAUUUGCAGUGGAUGAUGGGAUAGAAUUACAGUAUGAAUAAAACUCUUCUACGUUA